AUGCUCUCGGUCGAAGGUCUCCGAAUCUAUUCCGACCAUUUCAUGGGUAGCUGGGCUGCCCGGGAUACUACAAACACUGCGGAAGAGUCUAGAAGCGACUUCCAGACGUUCUGCUUGUGGGUGAUGCUGGCUGUUCUUGGUGCAUUUCUACGGGGCUGGCUGGUGGUCUAUGUGGCGCUGAAGUCCUCAGAGAACAUUCAUCGCCGACUUCUGGCGCGGCUGAUGUCAGCUCCGAUCGGGCUCUUUGACACCACACCGCGUGGGCGCAUCCUGGGACACUUCUCGAAGGACUUGGACGCCGUGGAUGCCCUCCUGCCCCAGUACUUGCUGGACUUCCUGCAGGACAUAACAAUGCUCCUGGGCAUUGUGGUCGUGUGCGUCUGGUCCACGCCUUUUGCCGCAGUUGCUGUCGUCCCGGUCUUGUUCGGUUUUUACAAGAUCCGGCAUUUCUUCAGCCGCACUGCGCGCGAGGCCAAGCGUCUCGAUGGCGUGACACGGGCACCGCUUUACUCGGCCAUGGGCGACGUGGCGGACGGCUUGGCAACCCUGCGGGCACACGGGCAGCAGAAGAGCUUGGUGCACCAGUUCCAGACGCUUCUCGACCGGAACGGCAAGGUCUUCUUCCAGACCUACAUCCUCCAGCCCUGGUGUAUCCUGGUCCUGGACAGCCUGGGAUCUUGCAUUGUUUGCAUCGCCUCCGUGUUUUGCGUCCUGCUCCGUGACAGUCUUCCAGCCAGCACCUCCACGAUGGCCAUCUCCUAUGCCUUGAUGACGAGAGGGAAACUGCAAUUCUGCAUCCGACUCUCCAUCGAGGCGGAGAACCAGCUUGUGGCAGCAGAACGGCUAGCGCAGUUCGAGGCGGUGAUUCCUACCGAGGCGGUGGAGGGCAGGCCUCCGCCCCAGGACUGGCCACUGGAAGGCAAGAUCUUCUUCGAACAUGUGUCCAUGCGCUAUCGUGCUGACCUUCCCCAGGCCCCGGCAGCACCGAAGAAGGAGGAGACGAAGCCGGAGGCACCAGCUGAGGGGCGGUCGAAGGAGGAGUAUCCCUUUAUUCCUCCGGGCGACCCGGCCUGGGUGAUCCAUGCAAGAUAUGCGAGCCACGAAUACUUGUAUCCAAUGAGUAUUUGCAUCGCCUACCGUCUUUGCAGGAAGAAGACUGGGAACUACAACAACGUUGCUGAGGGCAAGAACUGCAGCGGUCCAGACCAGCAGGGAUCUCAGACAGUCGUGGAUGAGGAGGAUUCUGUCCUUCCAACGCAGCCCCCUGACUAUGUUAUGCGGUAUGCCAUUGCGGACCAGGGGUCCACCACGUGUGAAGCAGCUGACCACAAAGAGUACGUCCAGGUGUUGAAAGGCUUCCACCUCCAGGUGUCUGCCGGUCGCAAGGUCAGCCUCGUUGGCCGCACAGGAAGCGGCAAGUCCAGUCUCCUUGGCGCUCUGCUGAGAGUGGUAAACCUCGAUGCAGGGCGCAUUUGCAUCGAUGGUGUGGAUAUUGCCAAUGUGCCUCUACAAGCACUUCGCACUGCCGUGUCCCUGAUCCCCCAGGAGCCAGUGCUGUGGAGUGGGACGGUGGCAGAGAAUCUGGAUCCCACAAAGCAACUUUCAGAGAAACGCCUCCUCGAGGCGUUGUCGAAGGUUCAUUUCGAUGCAAAGCUCAACGGACUCGGUGGCCUUGCAACGCGCGUGGAGAGGAGUGGUGGCAACUUCAGUUUGGGGCAACGGCAGCUGCUCUGCAUCGCGAGAUGCAUUGCGAGGAGCAGUCGGGUCGUGCUGGUGGAUGAGGCGACAUCCUGUGUCGACGGCGAAACGGACGCGCUGAUUCAGGAUGCCCUGCGCACCCAGUUCCAACAUUCUACUAUGCUGGUCGUGGCGCAUCGGCUCCAGACGAUCAUGGAUGCAGACCUUAUUGCGGUGUUGGAUGCAGGAUGCGUGGUUGAAACAGGCCAUCCAGCCGCACUCUGCGCCGACCCCACGUCGCGCUUUUCGCAGAUGGCUGCGCGGGCACCGGUGGAGGUUGGCGGCGAGCAGGGCCACAAAGCCACCAUGCUGAGCUUAUAG